AUGGCCAUCAAGGGCAGCAGAGCCUCCGGGAACAUACGUGGAAAGGUCCACCAAGUAGGUCCCGGCGAAUGGGCAUUAUAGUAGUUCCCCACCAUCAAUCAUUUCUGCCGCAGCACAGAGAAUUCGUCAUUGCUGAUUAAAUCUAGGAAGCGAAAAUCGAGUUCAUCAAUGGCGGAGGCUGCUGUAGAGGUCCUGAAACUGACGAUCGAUCUCAUCCUUUACUCACCAGGAUUCGACUUCGAAGGAAUCCGCCCCGAAGUGUCGAAGAUCAAGCUGGAACUGGAGAGCAUGCAGUCGUUCCUGCGAGAUGCUGAGAGGUACAAGGACGGGCACGACGGCCUCUCCUGUUGGGCGACGCAAGUGAGGGAUGCAGCGUUGAAGGCUGAAGAUGUUCUGGACGAAUUUCUCUACCACCUGUACAGCGUCAAGCACGGCGGAUUCCUAGGGUUCCUCCGCAGAGCCGUCGUCUUCCCCAAGGAGAUGUGGAACCGUUGCCGGACGGUGAAUCGGUUGAAGGAAUUCAAACGUGAAAUUAAGGACAUCGCGAAGAGAAGCAAGAGGUACGAUCUCAGUAACAGAGAAAAAAUCCCUAACCACCAUCACUCCCUCAAUUAUGCCCAAAACAUUGGGGAAACCUCCUUCUUCGUGGAGAACACCGCCAUCAUUGGAAUCGACGAAGAAAGCCAUCAGCUUUUGGAAUGGUUGAUCGACGGGGAGAAGCAGCGCACUGUCACAUCCAUUGUCGGUAUGGGCGGUUCCGGCAAAACAACCCUAGCUGCUCACGCCUACAACUCCCUCGCCGUGAAGAAAUCCUUCGAUUGCUUCGUGUGGGUGUCGGUUUCCCAGAAGUACAUGAUCGAGGAGCUUCUCAAGGAGAUAAUCAAAGCCUUAUCAAGUUCGAAAUCGGCUUCCCCUGAUUUCGCGACGAACUACAAACAGCUGGUGGAGACCAUCGUCAACCUGUUUGAAGGUAAGAGAUACCUAAUUGUUCUCGACGAUGUAUGGAGCAGUAUUCUGUGGAAGCAGGUGAACGCUGCUCUUCCAGAUCACAACAAUGGAAGCAGAGUAAUAAUCACAACUCGUAUGGAGGACAUAGCAUCUUACCCUUACGGUGCAGGCAGCCAUGUCCUCCAUUGCAAGCCAUUGUUAAAGGAAGAAGCAUGGAAACUCUUCUGCAACAAGGCCUUCUGCGGUGAGCCUUGUCCUCUGGAGCUUCAGGACAUAGCCUCGAAAUUGCUCGACAAAUGCGAUGGUCUGCCUCUUGCAAUCCUUGCAUUAGGUGGCCUAAUGGCUCCCAAGGAUCGAACCGAGCUAAAAUGGAGGGAGGUAUACAACAGCCUAAACUGGCAUAUAACUGAGAAUCCAUUGCUGGAUGAAGUGAAAACAAUCUUGUUCCUUAGCAUCAAGGAGUUACCGUAUUUUCUGAAGAACUGCUUUAUGUAUUGUUGCUGUUUUCCGAUCGAGCAAUGGGUUGGCGCAGGCCGGCUGAUCAGAAUGUGGAUGGCCGAAGGGUUUCUGGAAGAAAGGAAAGGGCUGUCCCUCGAAGAUGUAGGGAAGAUCUACUUGAGAGAAUUGAUCCAUCGGAACAUUCUUCAAGUUGAGAAGCACAACAGUCUGAUGAGGCCUAAGCUCUGCAAACUGCACGAUCUGAUGUGGGAGAUCGCACAUUUCAUCUCCGAGAGGGAGAACUUCUUGUCAAUCUGUAUUCCGCAAGAUCUGGAAGUUGAGAUCAAAGCGCGACGAAUAUCCCUUCAUGUUUCUGAUUGGUCAUCGUAUCGUCCAGGGCAGGACAUGCGGUAUCUUCGCACUUUCUGUGCCUUCAAUGUUAAAGAUCGGGAGGGCUUCCCACUAGACGGUGUUUUGUCAAAUUUUAGACUGUUACGAGUACUGGAACUGAUCGGCGCGCCAAUUGAUAGCUUGCCGAAAACUUUGGGUAAGCUAUUCAAUCUUCGAUACUUGGGGCUGAAGCACACUAAGAUCAGCGAGCUCCCGGUGUCUAUUAGCAGGCUUCGGAAUCUUCAGACACUCGACAUCAGAAGAACACUGAUAAAGGAGCUCCCCAAAGAAAUCGGAAAGCUGCGCAAGCUGAGGCAUCUACUCGUUUACACAGGAUCCGACGAAGAAGUAUUCUACUACGUAAGUGGAAUGAAGGGUCCGAACACUAUCGUAGAGUUAAAGGACUUACAGGUUGUGAAUUGCCUCGAAGCAAAUUCCGACCUUGUGCAAAGGAUCGGGGAGCUGACACAGCUCCGGCGACUUGAGCUGACAAAUCUUAAAGAAGAUGAUGGAACCGCACUGUGCGCGUCCAUUGAGAAAAUGAAGGAUCUCCAUCACCUCCUCCUCGUAGCGAAAGAUGAAAACGAGUACCUCCAAAUCGGAGGACUAUCGUCGACUCCUUUGGUUCUCAGGAAACUCACUCUAGCAGGGCGAUUACGCGACAUCCCCCAUUGGCUUAGUUCGCUUCGCAAUGUGAUGUAUUUGCACUUGCACUGGAGCCAGCUGACGAUGGAUCCGAUUCCAUGCUUAAGCAAGUUGCCCGUCCUGGAACGCCUUACAUUGAUCAAUGCCUGCAGCGACGAAAUUAAAGAACUAUGCUUCGAGACAGGGUUCCUGAGAUUGGAGGACUUGUAUAUCAGCCGUUUUCCGGAAUUGGUUGAGAUUGUGAUCCACGAGGGAACGAUGCCAAAGCUUAUGCGGAUGACUUUGAAUAAGUGCAAACGGCUGAGGCGUGUUCCUCCGGGAAUCGAAUAUCUUAGAAAUCUGGAGAAGCUCCAGCUGAAUCAUAUGUCGGAGGAACUCAUUGCUAUUAUAUAUUCAAACAAUAGAGUUGAGCUUUCGAAGCUGAGGCUGAUUCCCAGCAAAGUCUACGAGAGAACUUCUUCAGUUCUUUAUGGAGAGCAUAAUUGAUUAUCUGUUGGAAGGGGGAAGCUCUGAGAUCGAGAGAUGAGGAGGCGAGCGACGAGGAAAUUAGCAGCAGAGGCAGCGUUUCUAGCAUCACGUCGGCCUGAGACGCCAGCUGAAGCGGCGGCGGCGGCGGCGGCGGCGGCAGAAAGUCCGACGCUAUCGCCGGCUGAAUCUCCUGCAUCACAAUUCGCUUUAAAUUUCAGCGGAUUGCGCGAUAUUGCGGAAGCCUUGAAGAGAAGCAACAAAAAUAGCAGUGCAGGUACAUCGGGAAUUAAGCGGAUGCAACCAACUGGAUUGUCUCCAUCUCUGAAGAGUGUAAACACGAUCUCAGAUCUGAAGGAAAUGGUCUCAACUAAUGUGGACUCGCUCAAGCGCCGACUGGAAAGAUCGCAUUCCGAGAUUUUGAAGGAUAUUGAGGCAUCGCACUGUCGCCUUCAGAAACGCUUCAAGGUUGUUGUAUGACUUGUCUUGCUGUUGAUAUAACUGGUAGAUAUCUGUAAUAUUGAUUCUGUAUAUAGCAAUUCCUUUGUUCUUCGAGUC